GUGGCGGACAUACGAUUGUUUUGAAAUUGAAGCAAGUCCUAUUUUUCGAAAAAUAUUCCAGAUCGAAUGCCCUUGUGUACUCAAAAAGGGUGAAAGUGUUCGGUGCGAUAGGGAAUUCGAUGCCGCUCGCCAUUUUCUCACCGACAACGCUUUAUUGGGCGUGUUAAAGCUGGCGUACGAUAAUGGCCGAGUUUGAGUGGAUCCAACAGACUACUCUACGUUCUCGAUGUUCGGGCAGUAAGCUUGUGUGCGGCUGAAUAAUAUUGACGUGUCAGCUUUAUAUUAUCAGAAUCGAUAUAAUUUUCAUGUAGAAGCGUUGAUUAUAAAUGUUUGGGGUUUGCAGAACUACUAUCUAUUUUCCACUGGUGGUCUGAUUCUGGUGAAACAAAAUCAGACAUGGUUUUGUAAUGCAAUGUUGGAAAGGACAACCAGAUCAUAUUUCGAUAACAUUCUAUCGAAAGACUUCACUCGCCUACAGGAAAACGACAUUACAGAGCUGGAUACGAAAAAACCGUCUCGCCAGCGGUCACCCAGAGCGAAACCACGGAGAAGUGAUGAGGUCGAAACGCAGCCCCCAGUCGAUGAUAUGACGCGAAGGACAAGGACGAGACGUCCGCGGAUACCAGCGCUCCAGUCCGGCUACUGCGCCGUGUGCAACGUACCUUACAACAGCGUGCAGGACCACAUCCAGUCGAAGAAGCACCAGAAGCUGAUCGGAGAAGAUGCCAACUACAUUGCGCUCAAUGGUUCGCUGAACGGGUUCUUGCAGAACGACAGCAUACCGUUUCUCAACUUGAAUGGGGUGGACGCGAUCGGUGUUCACGACUCCUCAUUCGACGAAUUCUCGCCAAAGUACAAAAAACGAGCGAUGCCGAGAACGCGCGCAUGCUCAGUGAUGAGCGACAGGGUAAAGUGUGCGCCCUUGUCGCCCGGGAGCGAUAUCACCGGCCACCGUCUAAGAUCGAGGAAGAAUAUCAACUAUAUGUCGCCACCUUCGGACGACGAUAGUAUGCAGGAGAAGCCGGAUCUGAUUUUGCCUGAAGAGCCGGCUGCCCACGAGUAUAAGGAGUAUCGAGAGUUGCGGUCUAGUACGAAAGCGUUGGCGAAAUUGACGGAACAAGUAACCCCCUCCACCGACCAAGAAGUAUGGAACUCUGGCCGGCCCAAAAGGGCUUGCAUAAACAAAAAACGCCACUCCACCGAAGACUACGUCAUCCCCAAUACCAAAACCUUCUACAAAGUGGAAGUCCUCUCCCCAAAACCGCCCCCAAAACCCGCCAGAAGGCCCCAAUCUCAGUCCCCCAAACGGGAGGAGGAAAAAGAAAAAGCUCUCAUCGUGAAAUUCAAAAAAAUGCGGAGCUCCGAGCUGGUGAGGCUCAACAAUGAAGCCACUAAUUUCCUCUUCCCGCAAAAAGACGACUCUGAUUCGGAAAGCGAAGGAGAAGAACAGAACCCUUCGGAUUGUGGGGGCAGCUCCCCCCGACUGUCUUGCAGUGACGAGGGAGAGGAAGGGGAGGGUAAGGAGUUUUCUGGGAGUUUCAAGGUCGAUGAUGACAGGUCGAUGGACAGUACUAGUUCUAGUACUAAAGGGAAGAGGAAGAGGCGGACGCAUGCCGAGGCGUUUAUUAUGGACAAUGAGAAGUAUUAUAAGUUCGAGACGCCUGGUUCGAGGUUAAGGUAUCACGGCUCCUACUUGCCGGCCGUCCCUAAAUCGCCAAAAUUCAACGGAAUGGUCUCGCCCAAGUCGGAGGACGUGAAACCCGAUGAACCCAAGGAGAAAAAGAUCCGAUACAAUCCCGACGCCAAAGUCCAAUUGGACAAUUACAAGUUCUCGUUCGAAAAAGUGCCACGAGAGGCGCCUUGGUACGCUGCCUUCAGAAGAAUUGACAGAGGAGAACAGACGUAUAUCGAAUUCAGUGAUUACUUCUUCGAUCCAUUUCUUCUACCCUACCAAAUGUCCACCAUCCCACCGCUGGACCCCCGAGUCUGCCUUGCCCACUACGGCGAACUGCGCAGACGCCUCUGCGACAUGACCACAGAUCCACCCCCUCAACCCGGCAAAUCGGAAACGAACUCCAGGAGUUCCAAAACCAACUCGAGGAGUUCCACCCCCGAUGCCAGCGUGGCAGACUCCAUGCAAUCCAGCUACCUACCGGAUCCCGACGAAGACAGCAAACUCAGCAUCCUGACAGCCAGUUCCAGAAGUGACGUGGAAGAGGAAAAUCCCGAGGAAAACCAGCCGAAAAGUGGUCCUCCGGGGCCGGGGAAAAAUCCUAGGAAGUCACCGAGACAACAUGCUUCGACUCUAGCGAUUUUGAGCAGUUUGAUCCAGCAGCGGAGGAAACGAGCGAAGAACAAACUGGACAAAUCGGCGAAGAGUUUAGCUGCCAUUCCGGAGGAGGAAAAACCGCCCGAGGUUGCCCCAGAGCCGGAGAUGGCUGCCCCUGAGCCGGAAAUGGCCGCCCCACCCAAAACGCCUGCCCGCAAGACCAAGCCCAGGGUGGAUUACCACGCCAUAGCGCUGCAAAUCGACAAGGAACUGGAUAGUGCCCUAGACGACAGUUUGGAGAACUACGAUUUGGACAUAGCGGAGGAGCAAACAGUGGAUUUCCUGCACAGCAAAACUAGUUUAGAAGAGAUUUUGAGGUUAUACGAGGAGGACAAAUCGAAGGAGAGCGAGUGGAGUUGCAGGAGGUUCCUGAACGGCGCUCCCGGAAGGAAACCCGGAAGGAGGAAAAAAACAAACAAAACCGGGUGGCCGAACAAGAACAACAGGAAAUCUACCAAGAGGGAUGCUAGCAAGGAGAAGGACGAGAACACCGACUCGGAAGACUCUGAAGAAGACGUUUGUGAGGAGGAAGUGACUGAUUGUGCGAAGGAAGAUAGUGAUAACGCGGACAAGGAUUGCGACAGGGUGGACAAAAAUGGUGGUAAAGUGUUGAUGAACAAAGAGACGAAUAGUGAGGUGCAAUUUCAGCCGUACGUUUGUGUGCAGAAAUUGGACGGUCAGGACGUUAGAAAGGAGGUGGAUAAUUCGACGAAACGGACGAAAAGAAAGUUGAGGCAUAUGCCCGGCUCGCCAAAGUCUCCUAGGAUGUUGAGGAAGCCUAGAGGGCGGUGGUACAGAGAGAGAUAAAAUGAUAUUUAAUUUGUGUUUAUUUAUUUUUUUUGUGUAAUUUCAGAGCGAUUGCGGAGAUUGUAUUCUAUUUUGUACCGGCAUAUUAUAUGAUUUUGAAUGUACAGCAUACAUUGAAGUAAGAAAUAAAAGUUCUCUUGUUUUCUU